AUGUCGGGUAACAAGAACAACACGCCAGCUCUUCCAGCCCAACGGGUUGGAGGCCAGCGACGCAAGCUAGUCCGUCGACACCGUGCGACCUCAGGUCCGUCACAAUCGGGCACUAUGUCAUUACUAAACCCAGGCUCGGCUGCUACCAGUUUGGAGAGUGGUGUCGAUAGCUUCACCUCGGGCUAUGAGCACGACAGGCAAGUAGACGACACCUUCGACCAGUACCAAGAUCAGAAUCCAGAGGAGCCUGGAGCUUCCGAAGACAAGAUGCCUGGCACACCGUACACCUACGCUGACGGUUCGGCCUUUCCCUCACCCAAGCUCACAGCGAAUGAUACUAAGAAGAAGCAAGGCCUGUUUGGCAUUAAGAAGCCAAAGGCACACGAGUGUCAGGAUGGUUCCUCACACGGUCAGGUCACGACAACGCCCCUACCUCCAUCCACACCAAGCAAGGCUGCAAGGUUUUUCGGUCUUGAACCAAAGCCCCCGGUCCCUAAAAGCCCACAUCGUGCCAAAAUCCCAGAUGAGAGGGCUACUCGCGUCUCCCAAGAUAAAACUCCGGUUAGAACAGGAUUAACGAAGCAACCUUCCUUGCCACUGCUGACCGGAUUGAAGCCAGGCACAGGCAGACAGACUAAGGAGGAGAAACACGAUGCAGAGCUAGCUGAGGCCAGGCGAGGAAAAGCCGUAGGCAUAAAGCACUCACCACAGCAGACUACAGCUGCGACUACUCGAUAUGAUCUUGGCGCAGACGCAGGCCAUACUGAUCAAAGCGGCCCUCAAGAAACUCGCUUCCGUAUCCCAGCCGCGCCUCAGUCCGUGGCCGCCGCGACGAAGCGUCGACGUACGCGUAAGAAGACCGCCAAAGAACUCAAGCGUAUGUCGCCCAUAACAGAGGCUUCCGCUGAAUCCCUUCACCCAGCCUAUUACGAAGGUGAAGACCUGUCUGAGCUGGGUAUCAUCUCUGAGUACGAACAAGAAGAUUGCUCAUACAGUACAGAUGACCCGCAGACCCCCCAGAAUCCUACCGUGGUAUCUCCUCAGUCUGGGGCCAAGAUGCCGAUGCCGCCACACAAUAUGUUCGAACUUGACCCGGCUGACCUCUCACCUACGGACCAUGCUUACGGUGAGGACGAGAUCGAUGUCGUUCACCCAGGCACCAAAGUCGACAUUAGGCGUGCACUACAGCAAAAGGGAAAAGUCGUGUACCCCAGGGGCCCUCUACAGACUGUUGAAAAUGCUUAUCUCGAUGCGACUCAAGAUGCGAUGCGACUUGAGGCUCAUAAAAAAUUACAAGCCAGGGUUGAUGCUGAGAAGCCGAGAAUCGACUCAGAGGUUGAGGAGCUGAGGCGCAAGCAUGAAAACAUGAAACCGGAGUUCCAUGCUUGUAAGGCCGGUGGAUGCCAGCACGAGAAGGUGCCCAGUGACGGAGAUGAUGAUGAUCUGGUAUCACUGCGCAGCAGCAUCGAUCUUAACGAGGAGCCUACUGUGCACACAGCGACGCUGAUGACAAUCACUAGGAUUACACCGGGAAUGGUGAAGCUUGUGGAUAUUCUGCCUAGGAAGAAGAAGCCAGUCUCAAAUGUAGGCAGCAGCACUCCGGUUCCUGACAAACCUACACUUGUCGAACGCAAGGACAAAGGGGUGGCUGCUACGUCUUCUGCUGAGAAUGCGUCUCCACGUCCCAUCAAUUAUCAUCAUGAUGACGACCCCAACUUUUUCAUGAGACCAAAAAAAUCCAAGCUAACACCGGAGGAGUCUCGUUCGCUUAUUGGGAACUGGGUAUCAGACUACAACAACACGAAGCAGCGCCCAGUCUCUACACGUAUUGAUCCAGACGUUCUGGCUGACCAGGAGAUACCACCCGCUCCCUUCCCCAAAAGCGACGAGGCGCUACUCACGAUCCCGAUCCAGCCACGUUCCGACUUGCUCAAGCCCAUUCAGUCGCACCAGAAGCAUCAGUGCAUCAAAAAUGGCCACAUCUUUCACCCCGUCGACUUAAAGACCAUGCCAGACAAUGCCGUUGUGGGCAGCCUGGAAGUCAGGCCCUAUCUACAAACCUACACUGGUACCAAGCAGCACGUGAAGAUCCCCAUCCUCUGCGAGAAGUGUGGCGAAGACUGCAACGAGAAUGUGUGGGAAUGCGAGAUUGCCGUGUGUCGUAUGGCUGUUUGCCAGACUUGCGCUGAGAAUAUGGAGGUGGAGUGGCAGCAGAGGGCGAUCGACGGCUGGAAGUACAAGUGA